CCUUGGGUGGUAAAUGGUUAUUCAGCCUAACUAAUUUUAGGGUGUGAUUUAUGCUUCAGUGGCCGGAAAAGUGUUUCAAUGUCAAACUUUUGGUGGGUCCGUGACGAUCACUCAAAAUUAGAGGUGGGUGGAAUAAAUGUUAAAACUUCUGGGAAGCUCAUAAUUAACCCUGUAGAAUGAAAAAACUUCAAACUUCAAGCAACUGCGAAGUCCCGUUCUUGGGCAUAUGAAUGUAUGUUUUCUUGUAGUUUCGCCUCCAAAUAUCUGAAAGCAAGCAAGAUUUCAGUGUCUCUACUGGAUCAAUGUCUCAAUUUCAAACAACUAAAACAAAUUCAGUCACAUCUCACCGUUUCAGGCACCCUUUGGGACCCCUACGCCGCCGGCAAAAUCAUUUCCUUCUGUGUGGCCGCCGACCAUGGUCAUGGCCAUCUCUCUCAUGCUUACUCACUCUUCCUUUGUCUUCCGCAUCGAACUACCUUCAUUUGGAACACCAUGAUCAGAGGCUUUGCAGAGAAAAACGAACCGAACAAAGCCUUAUCUUUGUAUAAGCGAAUGUGUAUCUCUAACUUCUUGCCUAACAACUACACUUUCUCUUUUGUUCUCAAAGCUUGUGCUGAACUCUCGGAUUCGUUAACGGGUUUAGUAUGUCAUGCCCAAGUUAUUAAAUUGGGUUGGGAAAACUAUGAUUUUGUUUUGAAUGGAUUAAUUCAUUGCUAUGCUUCUUUUGACUGUAUUGGCCCAGCCAAAAAUUUGUUUGAUACGAGUAUGAAUCGGGAUGUUAUUACGUGGACUUCUUUGAUCAAUGGGUAUGUGAAGUCUGGCCAAAUUUUCGUCGCACGCCAACUGUUUGAUGAAAUGCCACAGAGGAAUGUGGUUUCUUGGAGUGCGAUGAUUACUGGGUAUGUGCAAUUUGGGCUCUUUAAGGAGGCUUUGGAGCUUUUUAAUGAAAUGCAGAUUUGUGGGAUGCAGCCUAAUCAUGCUGGGAUUGUUGGAGCGCUUACCGCUUGUGCUUGUUUGGGUGCUUUGGAUCAAGGGAGGUGGAUACAUGCUUAUGUUAAUAGAAAUGGGAUGGAAUUGGAUAGAGUCUUGGGAACUGCUCUUAUUGACAUGUAUUCAAAGUGUGGCUGCAUUGACACAGCUCGUUGUGUGUUUGAAGGCAUGCGAAACAAGGAUGUCUUUGCCUUUACCUCUUUGAUUUCAGGUUUAGCAAAUCAUGAUCAGGGUGCUUGUGCAAUAGAGUUGUUUGCAAGGAUGCAGAAUGAAGGAGUUGUACCCAAUGAAGUUACGUUCAUAUGUGUCCUGAAUGCGUGUAGUCGAAUGGGGUUGGUUGAUGAAGGGUUGAGUAUUUUUAGCAGCAUGAGUGAGAUUUAUGGGAUUAAACCCAGAGUUCAACACUAUGGCUGUUUGGUAGAUCUGUUGGGGAGAGCUGGGAGGCUAGAAGAGGCUAAAAGGGUGGUGAAAGAGAUGCCUCUGAAUCCAGACAAUUAUGUAUUGGGUGCAUUGCUCAAUGCUUGUAGAGUUCAUGGUGAUUUUGAGUUAGGGAAGGAAACAGUGGAGAGCUUAGUCAAACGGAGUCUUGACCAUGGAGGGGUUCAUGUGCUUCUAUCAAACAUAUACGCCUCUGCUAAGCAAUGGGAAGUUGUGGCAAAGGUGAGGAAAGGAAUGGAAGAUAAGAAUGUGAGAAAGGUGCCAGGAUGCAGCUUGAUUGAAGUGGAUGGUUUGGUUUGUGAAUUUGUUUAUGGAGAGAGGUCACAUGUGCUUAUGGAGGAAAUUGAAUUUUUGUUAUUUGUGAUUGACAAGCACUUGAAAUCUCUUUGUUUCAAUGGGGAUGAUGAUAACAAGAGCAUUGAAAGAGUAAGUCUAUGUAACUCUUAUUGAGUUUUAGUUCUGUUGUAGUGAUGAAGUGAGAACCAUUUAUAGGUUCAGUCAUAAGAUGCCGCAAAUUUACAGGUUGAAUUUAAAAAGAAACUGUUCUCUUC